CACUCCGGGGCUCGGCGCGAUCGGGCGCGGAGCGGAGCCGGCGGAUCCCGCCGCCCUUCCCCGGCCCCUGCCCGGCCGGGCCAUGCUCUAACGGUGCCGGUACCGGGGGCGCGGGGCCGAGCGGGGCGGCGGAGCGGGGCAGCGGCCACCCCCCGCGCCCCCCGCCCGCAGCGCGGCCGGGACGGGAGCAUGCGGAUCCUCCUCCUCUGCCUCCUGACUCUCGCUGAUACCCGCGGGCAAGUGGCGCAGACGCGGUUCGUGGAGGAGCCAGAGGACCGGACGGUGGUGGCCGGCCAGAAGAUCGUCCUCUCCUGCGUGGUGCUCAAUUACUCCGGGAUCGUGCAAUGGACCAAAGAUGGCCUCGCCCUGGGGAUGGGGCAGGGGCUCAAAGCCUGGCCACGCUACCACAUCGUGGGCACGGCCGACUCGGGCCAGUACAACCUGGAGAUCACCGACGCCGAGCUCUCCGAUGACGCCGUGUACGAGUGCCAGGCCACCGAGGCAGCGCUGCGGUCCCGCCGGGCCAAGCUCACCGUGCUGAUCCCCCCCGAGGACCCCACCAUCGACGGAGCCCCCGAGAUCCUGCUGCGCGCGGGGACGCCCUACAACCUGACGUGCCGGGCACGCAGCGCCAAGCCGGCGGCCACCAUCGUCUGGUACCGCGAUGGGCUCCAGCAGGACGGAGCCGUCACCAGCACGGAGGUGUUGGCCGACGGCAAGCGGGAGACAACCACCAGCCAGCUCGCCAUCAACCCAACCGACCUCGACAUCGGGCGGGUGUUCUCCUGCCGCAGCACCAACGAUGCCAUCCCGGCGGGCAAGGAGACCUUUGUCAAGCUCAACGUUCACCAUCCCCCGACUGUCACCCUGUCCAUCCAGCCCCAGACGGUGCAGGAGGGCGAGAGGGUCGUGUUCACCUGCAUGGCGACCGCCAACCCCGAGAUCAAAGGCUACAGGUGGGCCAAAGGGGGGGUGAUCAUCGAGGACGCCAAGGAGAACAAGUACGACACGCAGGUGGAUUACACCUUCUUCACGGAGCCCGUCUCCUGCGAGGUGCACAACGACAUCGGCAGCACCAACGUCAGCACACUGGUGGACGUGCACUUUGCCCCUCGGAUCGUGGUGGACCCCAAACCCACCGUCACGGACAUCGGCUCCGACGUGACGCUGACGUGCGUGUGGUCCGGCAACCCACCGCUCACCCUCACCUGGACCAAAAAGGAGUCCAACAUGGUCCUGAGCAACAGCAACCAGCUGUACCUGAAGUCCGUCACGCAAGCCGACGCGGGGCAGUACGUCUGCAAAGCCAUCGUCCCCCGCAUCGGCGUGGGCGAGCGCGAGGUCACCCUCUUCGUCAACGGACCCCCCAUCAUCUCGAGCGAGGCCGUGCAGUACGCGGUGCGCGGGGACCGCGGCAAGGUGGAGUGUUUCAUCGGCAGCACGCCGCCCCCGGACCGCAUCGCGUGGGCCUGGAAGGAGAACAUUUUGGAGGCAGGGACGCUGGAGCGGUACACGGUGGAGCGGACGAACACGGGCAGCGGCGUCCUCUCCACCCUCACCAUCAACAACGUCAUGGACGCCGACUUCCAGACGCGCUACAACUGCACGGCCUGGAACAGCUUCGGGCCGGGAACCGCCAUCAUCCAGCUGGAGGAGAAAGAGGUCUUGCCCGUGGGCAUCAUCGCCGGUGCCACCAUCGGGGCCAGCAUCCUCGUCAUCAGCGUCCUCGUCGCGCUCGCCUGCUUCCUCUACCGGCGCCGGAAAGGAAGCCGCAAGGACGUCACCCUGCGCAAGCUGGACAUCAAGGUGGAGACGGUGAACAGGGAGCCCCUGACGCUGCACGCGGACCGUGAGGAGGACACGGCCAGUGUCUCCACGGCCACCCGUGUCAUGAAGGCCAUCUACUCGUCGUUCAAGGACGACGUGGACUUGAAGCAGGACCUUCGCUGCGACACCAUCGACACCCGCGAGGAGUACGAGCUCAAGGACCCCACCAACGGCUACUACAACGUCCGCGCCCACGAGGACCGCCCGUCCUCCCGCACCGUCCUCUACGGCGACUACCGCAACCCCGGCCCGGCUCGCUACGACACCCGCCCGCCCUCCCGCCUCUCCCACUCCAGCGGUUACGCUCAGCUCAACACCUACAGCCGCGGCCCCACGUCCGACUACAACGCCGAGGCGGCGCCGGGUCCCGGACCCCCACCCGGCACGGCGGGCGGCGAGACGGCAAGUCAGCUCUCCUACGAGAACUACGGGGGUCACGCCGCCUUCCCGGCCGGCGCCGGUUAUGCCACCUAUCGUUUGGGGUACGGCCAAGCCCCCAGCCUGGACCGGGCACCCUACGACGCCUACGACCCCAUGGGCAAGUACGCCAGCGCCACCCGCUUCUCCUACACCUCCCAGCACUCGGACUACGGGCAGCGCUUCCAGCAGCGGAUGCAGACGCACGUCUAGGGCGGGCAGGGGCUGGUAGGCAGCGCCGGAGAGCGGGGGGGCGCAGGCAGCGGGGGUCCGCAGGUACCUCACGACUGUCCCCUGAUAUUCAGGGGCUCAUGCUGACCCUCCUGCCCCGCUUCCCCUCCGGCGGCUGGACUCCACGCGCCGUGCCGUCCCCCUCUCCCCGGGGUUUGCUGGCGGCGGGGACGUGCCCCGAGUCUCUUUGAGCUUCCAAUCAUUCAGUUCGUUCUUUUCGGUACCUUCCCGGAGGAGGGAGAGGGUUGGGGGGCGUCCUCCCCCCCACCCCGUGCCCACCCCGUCCCAGCCUCAGCGGGCGCGUGCGGGUCCGCGCGGCUGUCGGGGCCGGCUCUGCAGCCUCCGCUCUCCCGCCGCCCCGCAUCCCCUCCCCCAACUCCGCGGGGCCGGAUCCUUCCCCAAUGGGUCCCCAACGCCCCCCGAGCCAGCACCCGCCUCUCCCUCCUCUGCAGGAGCGAGGGGCUGCACACGAGCUGCACCCCCAGAACCGCCCCCAUCCCCUUCAGACCCCCGCGCGAGGGAGCAGGGAGGUGCUAUAUGUGUGUACAUACAUAUAUGCAAUGCCCGGUUUCUGUUUUCGCCCAAAAAAAGCCCCCGUCCCAGCCCGUUCCCAUUCCCUGUGCCUUGAUUUCGGGGACAGCCCCCGCCCAGGGCCGGCUCCCCCCCUUUCCCCAUCCGUCCCACUUGCCAACAGCCCCCAUGCCCACCCUCGGAGGCGUGAGCAGGGAGUGCGCCGGGUGGGGGUCCCAGAGGAUCGGGACCAGUGAAUUCAGAGAAGCAGGACGCCCCCCGCCCCAGCAUCCGCACGUCGUCCCCCCCCCCAGUACGCACACCCGUCCCUACAGGACAGGCUGCGGUGGGUUUCCAUCCCCCUGUUGUCAGCCUGACCCCAA